ACAUCUCUAUAUUCGCCAUUUUUGUCCCGCAUUGAGUACGUGCGUUUGGUCUUGUCCUUAAAUUUCUUUGAAGUCCCUACUACACUCACCAAGAUGGGUAGGGAGGACAAGGCUACCUGGAAGUCUAACUACUUUACCAAGAUUAUCCAAUUGCUAGACGAGUACCCAAAAUGCUUCCUCGUGGGUGCGGACAACGUCGGUUCGACGCAGAUGCAGCAGAUUCGCAUGGCCCUCCGCGGCAGCAGCAUCAUCCUCAUGGGCAAGAAUACCAUGAUGCGUAAGGCCAUCAAGGAUCAUCUGGAGACCAACCCAGCUCUCGAGAAGCUGCUUCCCCACAUCAAGGGCAAUGUCGGUUUUGUCUUCACCCGUGGUGACCUUGUUGAGGUCCGUGAUAAGCUACUGGAGAACAAAGUGCGUGCACCAGCUCGUCCUGGUGCUAUAGCUCCAUUGUCUGUUGUCAUCCCGGCCCACAAUACUGGUCUGGGACCUGAGAAGACCUCUUUCUUCCAGGCUCUGUCUAUCCCCACCAAGAUUUCCAAGGGUACUAUUGAAAUCAUCAAUGAUGUCCAUAUCCUGAAGCCGGGAGAUAAGGUGGGAGCUUCAGAAGCGACUCUACUGAACAUGUUGAACAUUUCUCCAUUCUCGUACGGUCUGGUUGUUAGGCAGGUGUAUGACUCUGGCACCAUCUUCACGCCAGCGAUUCUGGACAUUAAGCCGGAGGAUCUGCGCGCCAAGUUCCAAGAAGGUGUGGCCAAUGUAGCAGCUGUUUCGCUUGCCAUUGGCUAUCCCACAGUUGCCUCUGCUCCACACUCCAUUGCCAACGGAUUCAAGAACCUGCUGGCCAUCGCCGCGGUUACUGAGGUGGAAUUCAAGGAAGCUACCACAAUCAAGGAAUUCAUUAAGGAUCCAUCAAAGUUCGUGGCUGCAGCCGCUGUGUCUGCCCCUGCUGCUGCCGCCCCGGCUGCCGCUAAGGCUGAGGAAAAGAAGGAGGAGAAAGAAGAAUCCGAGAGCGACGACGACAUGGGCUUCGGUCUGUUCGACUAAGUCCGCACUUGCCGCGUAGCGCACCAACACCGCCGGGCUGGACACCCAAUGGCGGUCGGCGCGAUACAUCGCGAGUUCAUGUCAAUAAAUACGUCUUGAAAUAA